AUGACAUCAGGAGAGCAGAACACCGCCUCCAACGGUAACACACUUGCAGACCGCAUUAGCAAACCCGAUCCUCCUGUCGCCAAUGACUUGAGUGCCACCGCAACACCCUUUCAGCCAAAGUCGGGAAAACUCUGGUCAGAAGAGACUGACUCGCCAAUCAGCCCUUUGGCAGAGAGCUCUCUACCACUAGAGAGUACUGAAAAAUCAUCUACACAGACGCCUCCUGCAGAGCCAUCAAAACCACCAAACAUGCCUCAAAGUGACGGCGCUACAACCCCCUUUAAUGGGUCAGUCCUUGAGGAGCCAGAAUUUUCUGUUCAAGUGAAGCUUGCCGACCUGCAGGCAGAUCCUAACAACCCCCUGUACUCGGUGUCAACCUUCGAAGAGCUCAACUUAAAACCCGAGAUUCUCAAGGGCAUCUACUCGAUGAACUUCCGCAAGCCGUCAAAAGUGCAAGAGAAGACACUUCCACUUCUGAUGAUGAACCCACCCCGAAACCUUAUUGGCCAGUCACAAUCAGGAACUGGAAAAACAGCAGCGUUCACCCUCAAUAUCCUUAGCCGCCUCGAACUCGAUACACCUCAGCAAGCUGCGACCCCUCAAGCUAUAGUGCUCGCACCUACGCGCGAGCUAGCUCGUCAGAUCAAAGGUGUUAUAAUGGUGAUGGGCUCGUUCCUCCCAAAUCUGAACGUUGAGAUUGCAGUACCGGUAGAUACAGCUUCGCGAGGCCGUAAGAUGGAGGGCUCUGUCGUGGUUGGGACUCCGGGAACAGUGGUAGAUCUGCUUCGAAGACGACUGCUUGACUCAAGAGGGGUAAAGAUUCUAGUCCUUGAUGAAGCUGACAACAUGCUUGAUCAAGGCGGGCUGACUGAUCAGUCCAUCCGUGUCAAAGGAAUGCUCACACGAAAAGAUCUGCAAGUAGUAUUGUUUUCUGCCACAUUUCCACAAGCGGUCGUUCAAUUUGCCGGCAGAUUCGCACCCAAUGCCAAUGAAAUGACGCUGAAGCACGAAGACUUAACCGUCGAAGGUAUCAAACAAAUCUAUCUAGAUUGCAACAGUGAGGAGGACAAAUUCGAAGUUCUAGUCAGGUUCUAUGGGCUUCUCACAAUCGGAUCCUCGAUCAUCUUUGUUAAGACCCGUGAUACCGCCACAAAGCUUGAACAGCGCAUGACCUCGGAAGGCCACAAAGUCGUCUCCCUGUCUGGCGGGCUUGACGGCGCGACUCGUGACACUAUCAUCGAUUCCUUCCGCAUGGGCCACGCCAAAGUGCUUAUUACAACCAAUGUCCUGGCUCGAGGGAUCGACGUGCAAUCCGUCAGCAUGGUCAUCAAUUACGACGUACCCACGCAACCUAACGCUACGACGAAGCGAUUCGAACCGGACCCUCAGACGUACCUGCAUAGGAUUGGGCGCACGGGUCGCUUCGGACGUGUAGGUGUUGCAGUGACGUUUGUCAGUAACCACCAGGAUUGGCUGGCAUUGAUGGACAUUCAAAAAUAUUUCGGAUCGGACAUCCAGAAGGUGGCGACGGACGAUUGGGAUGAGCUGGAAGAGACAGUGACUCGGAUCAUCAAGAGUAGCAGGAGUGGCGACAACUUCAAGGACGGAGCAGCACCUAUGCAGAUUUGA